UUUCUUUUCUUUUCUUUUUAUUAUUUAUAUAUAUUUAUAUAUAGAAUCUAUAGCAUGACUCAAAGUUUGAUACAAGGAACUGUUAUUGUAGUUGGAGGUCCAGCAGGUACUGGGAAAACCACUACUGCAACGGCAUUAUCGGAACAAUUCUCUUGUCCAUUUAUUGAAGGAGAUGUUUUACACCCAAAGGAAAAUGUAGAAAAGAUGUCUAAGGGGAUACCACUUACUGAUGAAGAUAGAUGGGAAUGGUUAAAAACUUUAAGUCAUGAAGUUAGUACUACUAGUUUAAGUGAUGCUAAUCAAUCUAAAAUAGCCAUUGUAUCUUGUUCAAUGUUAAAGAAAGUUUAUCGUACUUAUAUUAAAGCUCAUGCUAAUAAUAGUAAUCAUAUCAAAUUCAGAUUUGUAUUCUUAUAUACAACUUAUGAAGAAUUAAUUAGACGAGUUGAAAGUAGAAAGGGUCAUUUCAUGAAAUCUGAUAUGGUUAAAUCUCAAUAUGAUAUUAUGGAAGUACCUAAUGGGAAAGAAUUAUUAGCUAAUGGAGGUGAUUGUUUAGCUAUCGAUGCAACUGGCAAGACGCCCAACCAAAUAAAUAGAGAAGUUAUAGAAUUAUUAUCCUAGACUGGAUGAUUUACAUAAGUUUACCCCACACUUAUAGUUUAUAUACAUACAUACAUACAUACAAUUUAAUACACAACAUCAUUUACCAUACCCAUACAGCUAUUAUUAUUCCGAACAUUUGCUUGUCCAUAAUGACAAAAGUUAACCGACAAUGAUAGACAAUAGCUGACAAUGACUCGCAAUGACUCGCAAUGAGUCUCAAUGACUCUCACUACGACACACUCUCAAUAUGUCUCUCCAUUGUCGGCUUCUAAGCUCCCCUCAAAGCAUUUGCCGGUGCAACAAAAUGAAUGGAAGUGCGGGAUGUCAGAAAAAUGAGAUGAUAUCUGGUAAUCAUCUGAAAUUGGU